AGCAUUUUCCGACCCAUUUUGUGACCGAAGCCUCCCCUCCUCCGCCUUGGGCAAACCUUGGAGUCAUCCUGCGAUACGCACCUACAUCCAAUCUUUAAUUACAGAAAUCACUGCCGUUCAGGACCUCAUUCGUCUCUUGAGACAUGGUCCCAUUGAUAAACUUAUCAGAUUGACACCAUUCACACUGCACCUGCAGUCCUCCCCGCCAUGUCGAAGCGCAGUUGGCAGGAUGCAAAUCUGCCCUCACCUCGAUCUGCACCCAGCAUCCAACCAACCAACAACAUCUCCGUCUCACCUCACUCAUACUCGUCCCCGAAUCAAACCUCCCCAAAGAAGAACCGCGCUUCAUUCGACGAACCUCUUCCCAUUGCUAAAGCUCCUCCAAAAAUUCAACGCACCAAUUCCACCCCCAAUGGAGCCUCCGGUCCCGGCGCAGCACAAGACUCUGGCAAAAUGCCUGGUAUCUCGAGAAAGGUCAAGGCAUGCGCCGCCUGCCGCAAGCAAAAGAUUAAGUGUAUCAUGGUGGGCGACCCGCCGUGUCAAAGAUGCAAAGAACGCGGUCUAUCUUGUCGUCUGAACAAGAGCUUACAAACCCUCAUGUCUGAGGAUUCGAGGUGGAAGGCUGCUGUCACUAAGGAUGUCACUUCUCUCUAUGCUGCAGUUGAGGAGAUUGUUCGCACCUUGCAACUCCCUUCUCUACCACAAAUGCUCACCUCGACACAAGAUCCAGCCAUCUUCUUUGACCAGGAGGAGCAAGACAAGGAUGACGAUGACGAACAGUCGGCCGAUAACUCGCCAAAGGUCACUCCUGUCGCAGACAAUCUGUCUCAUGUGCCGAUCGAAUCAUUGUACCAGAUCACCGGCAUGCGGUCGCUGAGAGCGACCGAGAACAUCACCGAAGAUCAGUCACGCAUAUGCAAGCAGCUGCGUGACACAGAUUUCAUCGCUCGAGGACUUAUCAAGCAAGAAGACGCCGAACAUCUGGCCAAUUACUUUCUCAGCAAGCUCGACCCUUAUAUCUGGCAUCUUUGUCCUGCUUACAAGGACCUUGAGUCUUUCCGACGACGCUCCCCCACCCUCACCGCCGGUGUUCUCACAGUGGCAGCCUUGCAUGAUACCAAACUGGGCUAUCUCUAUCCGAUAUGUAGCAAAGAGUACCGAAGAUUGGUAGCCAAUGCUAUGUUCGAACGCAAAAUCGACAUGGAAUAUCUCCGAGCACUGGUUCUAGGUUCCUACUGGCUCAGCGACAUUUCAUGGACCUUGUCUGGAUACGCAAUUCGCCGGGCUAGUGAGUUUCAUCUUCGCCAAUACUAUUUACAAAUCCAAGAAUCAGUCAAGUCGCCUGAUACGGUGGACCAGACCCAGCUGCAAGAGGCCAUUGACGGGAUCCGAGUCCUGUAUUUGCUCUAUAUUUGUGACCAUCAUCUUUCCAUUCUCUACGGCCGAUCAUCCAUCAUGCGAGACAAUGAGAGUUAUAUCAUAGGCUGGGAGAAUUACCUCGCCUGUUCUCUGUCCACGGAUGCUGAUCGUCGCAUCGCUGGACAGAUCUGUUUGAUGUACCUGAUGAACCAAGUGCGCGAGACGCUGGGUCCAGAGGACACCAACUCUGUCCUUCCCGUAUCUGCCCUCACCAAGAUUGCGGGAUUUGAACGAGAUUUGGAUGACUGGAUUGCGAGAUUCUCCAGACACAAUCCUUCCCAGUUCAUCGGCAACUGGCCCAAUAAAGGUGCCAUCAUGCAUUACCAUUGGGCUAAACUAUACCUGCAAUCUUAUGUCCUUCGAGGUUUGCCCGAAUCCGGCGCCGUCAUCCCAGAUCACUUUUUGGAGAAUGCUUCUGCAGCCGUCGCAGCGGCCACUGCGAUUGUCAAUCUCUUGCUCGAAGACAAGGACGCACAGAUUGCGAUAUCCUAUGUACCUCACCAUGUUCAUGGCAUGAUUGCAUUUGCCUGCAUGUUCAUCCUCAAGGUUGCGACCAAGUACAGCAAACAACUGUUUCUGGACACUGUCAAGUUCCAGCGAUUGAUCAACGCCCUGGCGCAGCAUUUCAAAAAUACCGAUGUUGGCAAAGACCACCUGAUUCACCGCAUGGCUGAAGGAUUGGAAAAGAUGGCAGAGACUCUUGGUGGACCCGCUCGAACGAAGAAUCGAAAAGUGAACGGGGCACCAGGAGUUCCCACUUUAACAUCACCGAGUGAACCACCGGCGGUCAUCAACACGGCAAAGCAUGAGAAUGGGAUUACCAUGCCCAACGACAUCCCUGAUUAUGGAGCGUUGGACCCGAAUGCAUUUGAUUUUGGAGAUCCUGCGCUGGGAUUGGGAAUGCCAUUUUUUGAUUUUGAAGGGACGACCUUGGGCUCGGGGACGGAUAAUUUGUGGAACUUCAACUAGUAGCGUGGCGCCCUGACAAUGAAGGAGUACCAAGGUGUUGGAUAUAUCAUGUACAAAUGUGCAUAGGAGUAAGAAUGAUGAUAUAUACAUGGUAGUCAAGGAAGAAUCAACAUGUGGAGG